UUAUAUUAAACUGGCAUAGAGAUCUGAGGGAGAGAGGUGCUACAGUUGGCCGAUAGCUCUCUAAGGCUCACGGAAAACUGGCAAAAAAUGGCAGAAUUGAUGCCAGCUACCUCAAACACCAUUCCCCAAGUAUCUGGAAUCUGUAGGAAUGUAUUCCUGAGGAAGAUGAGGGGAACUAUACCAGUGAACUUCUGGCAGGAGGCAAAAGCUCUUACACAAAUUGCUGUGCCAGUGUUUUUGGGUCAGCUGAUGAUGUUUCUCACAAGUAUUGUCAGUGCUAUAUUCUGCGGGCACUUAGGAAAAAUUGAAUUGGAUGCAGUUUCACUUGCUACAGCGUUCAUCAAUGUAUCAGGUAUCUCUGUAGGUACUGGUUUGUCGUUAGCUUGUGACACACUCAUGUCCCAGACGUAUGGCAGUAAGAAUCUGAAACGAAUUGGAGUGAUUCUCCAAAGAGGGAUUCUCAUUCUCCUGAUCGCCUGCUUUCCCUGCUGGGCUCUCUUCAUCAACACUGAGGACAUCCUGUUAGUCUUCAAGCAGUCUCCUGAGGUGGCCAAGUUAACAAAUUUGUAUGUGCUGAUAUUUAUUCCUGCCCUCCCUGCAGUGUUCCUUUAUCAAUUACAGAUCCGAUACCUUCAAAAUCAGGGGAUCACAAUGCCACAGGUUUUCGCUGGUGCAUUUGUCAAUGUUCUCAAUGUUGUAAUAAAUUAUCUGUUGUUGAAUAUAUUUUCUUUGGGAGUAGGGGGUUCUGCAGCUGCCAACGUUGUCUCUCAGUACUGCCAAGUUAUUUUUCUGUUCAUAUACAUUCGAUGGAGAAAGUUGCACGUCAACACUUGGGCAGCAUGGUCCACUGACUGCAUGCAGGAAUGGGGCCUCUUUGUGUGGUUGGCAAUUCCAAGCAUGCUGAUGUUAUGCAUUGAAUGGUGGAGUUAUGAAGUUGGAGCUUUCCUAGCAGGAAUAAUUAAUGAAGUUGAACUUGGAGCACAAUGCGUUGUUUAUCAGAUAUUACUGGCGGUAUACAUGAUACCUCUGGGAUACGGAGUGGCUGCGGCUGUUUGUGUGGGGAAUGCACUGGGUGCCGGAAACCCAGAGAAAGCUAAGAACAUCGCAAAAGCCACUUUGUGGUGCACUGGAGCUUUGGCUUUGGUGAUUUCUGUGAUACUGGAGGCAAUACAUGAUGUGAUCGGUUAUGUAUUCACCAAUGACGAAGAAAUAAUUCAUUUAGUUGGGAAAUUGUUGCCAAUAAUCGCUGCUAAUCAAUUGUUUGAUUCCUUGGCUUGUGUGAAUGGUGGAGUAUUGAGAGGAACUGGGAAGCAAAAACUGGGAGCUAUCGGUAAUCUAGUGGGAUUUUAUCUCAUUGGUUUUCCCAUUGGAAUCUCACUGAUGUUUGCUGCAAAGUUUGGCAUUAUUGGUUAUUGGUACGGAAUGAUCAUUUGUGUCUUUUUCCAGUAUGUUUUCUAUCAGAUAGUAAUUUGCAAAAUCAACUGGAAUGAAGCAUCCAAUCUGGCGAGAGUUGUUGCAGGUGUGAAGAAAAAUGUGGACGCCUAUCCCAAUCCCUCCAGUGGCCAAACUGAGGACAUUUCACCAGCUAUGAACAAUGAAGUCCAUUCAGGAAACAUUGCGGCCAUUACAGUAGGAGAUGCCACUCCAGUGGAGAAUAAUGUUAACACUGGACAAAUGAGAGAAGAGACCUCAGCCCCUAAAAUGAACGUGCAAGAACAGUUAUCUGUGAAACAACUGAUUGUCCGUCGGGGAUUAGCCAUCCUUUCAGGGUUACUUAUACUGGGGAUUGGACUAUUGCUGAAGUAUUAUAGACUCCAGUGAACUUUACAGAGACAAGUGAAAAUCCAGGUCACCUUCUAUGGUCAGUAGAACAGCAGUAAAAGAUGUAACCACUGCUCUGUAUGUUAUCUCAUUUCUCAUGUUCUUCGCAACAAUGAAUGUGUAAGGAAUGUCAAUUAUAGUACAGUUCAGAAGGAAGACGGUU